CAUGGAAGCACCAGGUGAAGACCUCCACAGAGGCUGAGCUCUGCACUCGCUCUUUCCCACCGUCUUCUGUCUCUUUCGCCCAGUGCAUCCAGCUGAUUUACAUCUGCCUGGUGUCACGUUUUCGUCUACAGCAUCCAGAGCCUUGACUUCCUCUGCAGUGUGUCAGCCAGUGAAAACCCAAACUGAUGAGGAUCGUCUGAUUGAGUUAAAAAUAAGUUCCUUUUUUUCUUAUUUGCCAAGCGGAAAGAAUGUCGGAAAGGGCCGAGGAUGACGUCAGGGGGGAGCUGCGCCGAGCGGCCAGGCAGCAGCUGAAGCAGCAGCAGAUCCAGCGGGGAGAAGCCUCCACAGCAAUGGCGACUGUUGCGGAGCGGAGAUCCUUGCCUAGUCCAGAAAUAAUGCUGGGACAGCCUUGGAGCAACUGGGUCGACGCUUCCAAACUCCACGGCAACGACGGUGCUGAAUCGGAGGAAAGUUUCAAAGACUUCGGGAAAAAUCGAGAAGCCAUGCGUUUGUGCAGAGAAGACAUGCCCAUUUUUGGCCAGUGUCCAGCACAAGAUGUCUACCUGGUGAUGUGCAGCCAUUGCAGUCAGGUAGUGAAGCCCCAAGCCUUCCAAGCACACUAUGAGAGAAGACACAGUUCAGCCAGCAAGCCAGGAUCCACCUCGCCCUUCCCAGUGUCGGGCAGGAACCGGAGCAGUGGCAGUGGGCUUGGGCCUGGCUUAGGCUCAGGGUCUGUUGCUGGAGUGGCAAGUGGAGGGAUUCUCAGCCGACCUUCCACCGCUGGAUCCAGCCUAUCCUCCUCUUCGACCUCGUCAUCCUCCUCCAAUUCCAAACUCCUCAAACCACCCAAAGAGAAGCUGCCAGGCAUUCAGCGAAGACCACCCUUUUCCCCCUUCAGGGUGCUGCAGCCGGACAAGAUCCUCACCCCGGCUGUCAAGGUGGAGAAGAUGCAUCUGAAUGUGGACUCGUCAGCUAAGCUGGUGCAGACUCUCUCUGCCCCCGCCACCACCUCAUCCUCCUCCACAUCCUCCUCUAGCACCACUGUGAGCUCCAAUACUACCACCAUCACCACCUCCUCCUCAUCAGCCCUUAAACCAGGCCUUAACUGUCCCUCCAUACCAAAGCCUCCAUUACUGGCCCCGGGUCAAAUACCCAAUGGCAAGGGCCACCUCACGGUCCACUCUGACAAGAAGCAGGACAGCAGCAGCAGUGCCAGUAGCAGACGUCACGUUAACAAGAAAGUGACAGAACGCGAGUUCAAUCCAGAUGUCCACUGUGGCGUUGUGGAUAUGACAGCUCGGAAACCAUGCACAAGAUCUCUAACAUGCAAGACACAUUCCUUAAGCCAGCGGAGGGCGGUGCCAGGGCGGAGGAAGCGCUUUGACACAUUACUGGCAGAGCACAAGAACAGAGCAAGGGAGCGAGAAAGGGAGAGAGAAGUCCACCAAACCCAUUCUCAGCAAACCCCCCCUCUCAGGGACACACACCCCUCCUCGCACCUCACCACUGCCCAUGACCCCCAUCAGGUGUCUCAUGGCAACGGACCCGCCCUAGACGUCACUAAGCCUUUGCCACUCGGAAAGCCUAAAUUUCACAGCCCUGGUCUUCCACGACUAAACAGCAGUCAUGGAGGUGGUACCCCCGGAGACCCUGCAGUAGUCCAUGAGUCACCACACCAUCCACAAACUGCCCCAGAUGGUUUUUCACGACCCUCCAGUGAUGAGGGCGAGAACGAGGAGCGGGAGGAGAACGCUGACAAAUUGGACUGUCACUAUUCAGGUUAUCACCCUCGACCGGCAGCUUACUGUACCUUUGGAAGCCGACUGUUUGGGAGGGGUUGUUACUCCUUUGACCGGCGAUGGGACAGAGUGCGAUGUGCUCUAACCACAAUGAUGGACAAACACGUCAACUCUCAGAUGUGGAAGAAAAUCCCCUUGGCCUUGGAGAACUCCUCCUCUGUUGCACCUACCCAUAGGACAAGCACAAAUUAUCACGGUAGCACUCCCUCUUCAGGCUUCCUGGGCCCCCCUGCCACCUUGCCCCAGACUCCCUAUAGCCAAUCCUAUGAGGGCAAGUCAGUGCUCUCCUAUGGGACCACCUUAAAUGCCCGCAGCUCCCCUCAGGGCGGGGCUGAGCACCCGGCCUACGGCACCACGCAGGCCCGACAAGUGUCUUCGUCGCCGCAGAUGCCUUCAGCCCACUCGUCCUCAUCCUCUUCUUCAGCUCCCUCCCUUGCCUCAGGCCGGGCGCUCAAGUCCCGUUCCUCUAGCAGCAACACUACCAAGUCAGCAUCGUCCUUCAGGCCCAAAGAGAUCUCCUCUGGCUCCACCACACCUGUCAUCCCUAACUCGACUAGUGGGGGCAGCAGUGGAGCCAACAGUAACAGUAGCAGCACGAGCUUCAGCUCGGGGAAGAAGAGGAAGAACAGCUCUCUCCUCUCUUCAUCACACGGCUCCUCUGAAUCCUCCUCUAAUGCCAACUACUCUUCCUCCUCCUCCUUUCAAAAGAACUGUGCAAAUGUCGGCAGCUCAGGGAGCACUUACCACCACAGCUCACUAGGACCUUCAUCCUCAUCGUCAUUAUCCUCCUCCCAUAGUGGAGUCCACAGCGUGGGGCUUAACUGUGGCCCCACCGUGCGGACCAACUCCCUUAGUCUCAAGGCUGAGCCUUCCGGAGGUUCAGCUGGUGGCUCCUCAGGGCCACCAGCAAGAGGGCCUCCGUCAGGCAGCCCAGCAGAGUCCAUCAAGCGCAUGAGUGUGGUGAUGAACAGCAGUGACUCCACCCUCUCCCUGGGGCCAUUCGUCCACCACCAGUCCUCAUCUUCAUCUGACCACCACACCAGCUUCAGCCACCACUCCUCAGAUGGACGCCUGGAGGGAAAGAAGCGCAAAAACUCUCCUGCCUCCAGCAGUGUUAAUAGUGGAGGUGGGGGAGGAGGGCUUGGAGGAGGGGGGCCAGGACCAGGUAGAUCCAAGGUGGCCAAGUCGCCUGCAAUUAACAACAUCCAUGGGAAGCAUGGGCGGAGCAUUCCAGGGACGCCGGGGCUCCCCAACAACUCUCAUUUACAUCAGCCAAAGGCUCGUCCUUGACAGCGGUGUCCGGCUUCUGUGUGUGGAACCGGCAGGCGGACGGGGAAUAGUCCGGGGCAGUCUACAUACUGCUCUGGUCUGCACGAGGCCUUCUAAAGUCAAACCCACAUUACUCUCAGCUUCCCACAAUCCUCAGGGUGGAGAUGAUCUGGACUGCCCAGUGAAGUCAGUGUGGUCCUUACUAAUUCUCCCAAAGCCAUGUGUGGGGUGGGGUGGUGGUGGCAGUGGCAGCACUGUAUGGGGAUAAAUCACAUGUGGAGCGCCAGGGGUCUAAACAGCGAGCCAAUGACCCUCCCACACUAGUGUUUUCCCAGUAUUCUGAGAGGUCUUCCUGUCUGGUUGGAAGUAGGAGGAGCAGUAGAAACAGCCAUGGGUCUCUGUGGUUUAAAGCUCACUGACUGGCGCAAGCUGUGCGCAACACGCUGUCAUGACGCUGAGCAACUGGGGAGACAGCAAGCCCGAUCUCUUCCGUGUUUAUUACAGAAUGAGUGUGUGUGAACGUGCGUGCGUGUACGAGUAUAUUUUCUCAUGUCAGAUUCUGCUGGACUACUGGAAUUUCCAAUUUACUUACACCCCCAGCGCCUGAUCUCAGAAGCCUUGGAAGGAGAGCAGGAGGACCAGCAAACUUUUACUUGCAACACCUUAAACAACACACAAUCACCUUGUGGUUUCACCUUUUGUUAGUUUGACUCUCUCUGGUGACGCAUUGAGUAACUUCAGCUUACAGGCUGCGUGUGGGCUGAGAUCAGCCGAAAGGGACGACCUGGUCAAUUCUUUAUUACCCAGAAUAAUUAUGCAAGUGUUACCUUUUUAUGAUUUCUUAUGAGCUUUUACACUGAACUACAAAGAGUCUUUGUAGGUGUGGUGAAGACAGUAGUGCUUUCAAAUGUGAAAAGGAUGCCUGAUGUGCCCAUUUGAUUAAAUCUUUUGUCAAAGGAUAGCUUGGUCUUAAGGACACCUGUUAAUUUUUCUGAAUCUUUUCAUUGUGCAGAAUGAUAGCCACAGCAGACCUACCCCCAACUGUGAACAGCACUAAAUACCUACUUUUCUCCACAGGCACUGCUUACUUGUCCACAACGCUAGCCAAAAGCUGUUGUCAGCUUUGCCAACUACUUUUUUUUGUACCUAAAAGGUGGGCAGUCUCGCCCAUGAAGCGGUGAUAGUGCAUCGCCUGUGUGGAUUUAACAAAAAUCUGUGCAAACUGUAUUAUUCUCGUUCUCCCUCGAGAGUCAUUUACCCAUACAGCAGUGUGACAUCCACAGCUGUGUGUGUGCAGAUGUGAAUUGUAAUUUUUUUCUCCUACAAUGGGAAUCAGGUAUGGUACGUCUUAACUGGAGCAAACUUAUGCACGUCACCUGUCUUCUGUGGGUAUGAUUGUCUCUCCUAUGCGUAACCACUACCCAAGCUCUGGAUGUUAAGUUUUGAUGCCUCACCUUAACACUAUGUUGGUGUGUACUGAGAAAAGAUUAGUCAUAGAUGAAUGGAUAUCCAGGCAUUAUACUCUAUUCCUUUGUCAAAAUGGAGUCUUAAAUCAGGCAAUACUUGCCCAUCUCGUCGGGAUAUUUGCUCACUUUGAGUGGUCUCGAGUGGGUGUAAUAGUGCGAGAUUCAUAGAGAUGGCUUCACGGGACAUAUUGAAACUUUUGGCAUAUUUAUGGAACCUCCACUGAUGUCAGAUAUUGUGGAACGUAGAGGAAACAAUUUUUAAAGAAAACCUAAUUUAGCUUUUUUCUUGUAGCCUAUGUAUCAAACAAGUUUUGAAGUAUCCACAUUUGAGAAUACAUAUUUUGUUAACAAAUUGUACAUAGUUAAAUAUGUAUUUUUGCACAGGCAUUUUUCUUACGCGCAGAAUUUUUUGGUACAAUUUAAAGAAAAGAAAAAAAGAGGUAAAAAAAAAUAAAGAAGAAAAAGUCAUUAUUUAUUUAGAAAAAAAAAGAUUAAAUGUCAGAGAACUUGAUUAUUUGAAGUGGUUCACUGCCAAGUCUAUAUGAUGCAAUACGCCUAUAUGUAGAAGCUGAAGCAUCUCAUGAAUCAUGUACUGAGAUCCUUUUAGGAACAAAGGUGAAGUGUUGCCACUGUAGCAUGUGUCUGUAUGACAGAGGAUACCUUUAUUCACUUUUCAAGGUCUCAAUCACACGUGCUUUUACAACACAUUUUACGUUGCCUAUGAAUCAACACAACAGAAAAAUGUUAUGAUGUGAUCCAGUUAGCCUGUGAUUAUGAAAUGUCCCGCAGGCUUUAAAGCUGUGCCCGUCGUCGAACCAAUUUCCACGACAUACAAUGGCAGAUGGAGUACCUUAAACACAUUUCAUGAUUGAAACACUUAUGUUCUUUUGUAAGGCUGAAGGGACUAAAGCAAUCAUUGCAAGGAAGAGGAACACUUCAAACAGUCCAACUGCUUGCAUUAUCGUUGCCAAACUAGUAAUUUGAAUUACAGCUUUUAAAGAAAUUGUUUGCAGCUUUUAAAAGAAAUAUCAAAUUAAGAAAGUGCCUGAAUUAGUUUCACCCUGACUGUUUGAGGACAGCAUUGUUUGGGUUGUUUUACCUUACUUGAAUGUUCGAAGUGGUUAGGAGCUUGUUUUUAAUCUGCCUAUGAAUCCUAAAUGUGGUAAAACCUGAGCUUGUCAGCUGCCCAGUAUGAAAUACUUAGUGUUAUUAUUUUUUUUUGGGGAUGUUUUAGUUUUAAGCCUCGGUAUGCGGCUUACACCCCCUCUGGUUUACUGGGAUUUGUACGUGAAACCUUCAAUCAAGUGUUUUGUUUACCCUCAAACUUCACUGACAUCUUCACAUCGUCUCCAGAAUAUGGAAACGUUUAGAUGUCCUUUUUUUUAUUAGCACCAUAGACUUGGAAUGUGAAAGUGAGAGAGAAUACAGCUUGUUUCUGGGAGGAAAAAGUAGAUCCACCAUUCAUUAUGUAAAAGCGUGUAUAGAUUUUUUUUUUUUUGUAUACAUUAUCAAAUCAUUUUCAGCUGGACUUAUGUAUUGGCUGCUAUGUAAUUCAUGAACAAAACAUAGGUUAGAAUUAAUAUUUAAAGAAAAAAGAUUGUAUAGUAUAUUUGUUUUGUAACAAGUUUCUGUAAAUAAAAUAAUUUAUACUGCUAUUUAUAUGAAA